CUGUCCUGCCAGAUGACCCGGUGCCCGCUGUCCUGCCAGAUGACCUUGUGCCCACUGCCGUGCCUGGUGACUCGGUGCCCGCUGUCGUGCCAGGCGACUCGGUGCCCACUGUCGAGCUUGAUGACUCGGUGCUCGCUGUCGUGCCAUGUGACCCGGUGCCCGCUGUCGUGCCAGAUGACUCGGUGCCCGCUGUCGAACUUGGUGACUCAGUGCCCGCUGUCGAGCUUGGUGACCCGGUGCCCGCUGUCGUGCCAGAUGACUCGGUGCCCGCUGUCGUGCCAGGUGACCCGGUGCCCGCUGUCGUGCCAG